AUGCCUGCAGGACCGUCUACAAUGGACUCGGCACGAGAAAAAUCCUUCCAAGACUACAGGAAGAAAUUAAUGGAACACAAAGAAGUGGAAUCUAGGCUCAAAGAAAUGAGAGAUAAGUUGAAGGAAGUAACGAAACAAUAUGAUAAGAGUGAGAAUGACCUGAAGGCUCUACAAAGUGUUGGUCAAAUUGUUGGAGAAGUCCUCAAACAACUAACUGAAGAGAAAUUCAUUGUAAAAGCCACAAAUGGGCCCCGUUAUGUUGUUGGAUGCCGUCGUCAGCUGGACAAACAGAAGCUCAAAGGUGGCACUAGAGUAGCUCUAGACAUGACCACGCUGACUAUCAUGAGGCAUUUGCCUAGAGAGGUGGACCCUCUAGUGUACAACAUGAGUCAUGAGGACCCUGGCGAUGUCACAUAUUCAGCUAUCGGAGGACUCCAAGAGCAAAUCAGACAGCUCAGAGAGGUGAUUGAACUGCCAUUGAUGAACCCAGAACUAUUUGUUCGAGUUGGUAUCACACCACCGAAGGGAUGCUUACUCUACGGACCACCUGGUACAGGAAAGACUCUGCUGGCUAGGGCAGUGGCAUCCCAGCUAGAUGCUAACUUCUUGAAGGUCGUGUCCUCAGCCAUUGUAGACAAGUAUAUCGGAGAAUCAGCUCGUCUUAUCCGUGAGAUGUUCAACUACGCUCGGGACCAUCAACCUUGCAUCAUUUUCAUGGAUGAAAUUGAUGCUAUUGGCGGACGUCGAUUCUCGGAGGGCACAUCGGCUGACAGAGAGAUCCAGAGAACUUUGAUGGAACUGCUCAACCAGAUGGACGGCUUUGAUUCCCUGGGACAAGUCAAGAUGAUUAUGGCGACCAACAGGCCCGACACGCUGGACCCUGCCUUACUGAGACCUGGAAGGCUGGAUAGGAAGAUUGAGAUUCCGUUGCCAAAUGAACAGGCCAGAUUGGAAAUUCUGAAGAUCCACGCAGCUCCAAUAGCGAAGCACGGCGAGAUGGACUACGAGGCGGUUGUGAAGCUCUCCGACACAUUCAACGGAGCUGAUCUCAGGAAUGUGUGCACCGAGGCUGGACUCUUCGCUAUACGGGCCGAGAGAGAAUAUAUUAUCCAGGAGGAUCUAAUGAAAGCUGUGCGCAAAGUAGCCGAUAACAAGAAGCUGGAGAGCAAACUCGACUACAAACCCGUUUAA